AUGUCCUCAUCCGACGCAAUUCUCAUCGCUUCUAUUAAUAAUGCAACUGUCCAAAUGAAUCGUUAUUUACCAUUGAUAAUUUUUAUUUUUGGACUUGUUGGUAACUUAUUGAAUACACUUAUACUUUCACGGCGUACCCUUCGUACAAAUCCAUGUGCAUUACUUUUCCUUGUGUCUUCAUUAUCUGGCAUAAUAGCCAUUAUUUCCGGCUUAACCACACGGCUUACCGCUGGUUGGGCCGUUGAUUUGUCAGAGACAAUUGGAUGGUUGUGCAAACUUCGAAUAUUUGUUCUGUUCGUCUCUCGAACGAUGGUCAUUUGGUUUCUUGUCUUCGCAUCUAUUGAUCGAUGGUUAUCGUCGUGUAAAGAUGUUCAACUACGACAUUUAAGCUCGUUAAAAAAUUCUUACCGAAGUAUUUUGUUAGUAAUACUCUUUUCCAUUGCACUCAAUGGUCCUCUACUCUACUGCUAUGAAGCUAAUUUGGUCGGUACACCAGCAAAAUGCUUUGGAUUUACUGCCCCAUGCCGCCUGUAUACGGACCUUGCAUUUACCUGUGGCAACAAUGUUGUACCUUCACUGGCGAUGUUACUUUUUGGCUUAUUAACAAUUCGUAACAUCCAUUCAAUGCGCAACCGUGUCAACAACAGACAAAGUUCAGUAUUAACUCAGAAUAGUGGUAUUAAAACUCAACAACAGCAACAGAAAAAAACUGAUCGAAGUCUCUUUCGAAUGCUCUGCGUACAAAUUCUUUUCCUCAUCUUAUGCACUGCUCCAUAUACGAUUUAUCGAUUAUAUUCAACUGUAACACCACCAGCUGGAUCCAAACCUGCGUUACAAAAUGUCAUUGAAGUUUUAUUAUUCAAUUUCUGUACUAAUUUAACCUAUUUAGCAACUGCCAUGCCGUUCUACAUUUAUACAUUAUGCGGUGGAAAGGUUUUUCGCAAUGAAUUCUAUUCCGUGAUUGCAGAUACUUUUCAAAAACUAAAAUGUGCUUAA